AUCUUUGCAGCUUAUUGUGAUUUCAACCGUGGAGGAUGGUCCUAUGCAUCACCUUUCAAGAGGCUGUUCUCUGAUCAGCAUUAAGCAUGGCCACGCCCGCCCUUAACUCCUGACUGUGGGGAAAGAGGCUGUGUGGGUGACAGGUUGGAAGGUUUACUACUGCCUUAAUCCUCUUCUCUGCAGUUGAGGUUUCAGGUUUCAACCCUCCCAAUACCACAAGACAGUGCAGCGAGCACCGGAGGCCGCCGCCUCCGCCUCCGCGCCUCAAGCCCGGCAGCCUGCAGAUUUCAGCGCCGCCGCCUCGCACUCGCCCUGCCCUAGACCAGGGUUGGGCGCAGCGGCGGAGGCUGCUUCUGGGCUGCGGGAGCUGGGCGCGCUGGAGGGCGGCGAUCGCAGCUGGGCCGGGACUUCCUUCCUCCAGCGCACGGCAACAAAACAACCCUGCAGCAGGCACUGAGCGCUUGGCAGCUGUCCCGGCGAGCGAGAGGCACAGCGAUGGGCUCCGUGCUGAGCAGCGACAGCGGCAAGUCGGCGCCCGCCUCUGCCACCCCGCGGGCCCUGGAACGCAGCGGGGACCCGGAGUUGCCCGUCACGUCCUUCGACUGCUCCGUAUGCCUUGAGGUGUUACACCGGCCUGUCCGGACCCGCUGUGGCCACGUAUUCUGCCGUUCCUGUAUUGCUACCAGUCUAAAGAACAACAAGUGGACUUGUCCUUAUUGCCGGGCAUAUCUUCCUUCAGGAGGAGUUCCAGCAACUGAUGUAGCCAAAAGGAUGAAAUCAGAGUUUAAGAACUGCACUGAGUGUGACACCCUGGUUUGCCUCAGUGAAAUGAGGGCACAUAUUCGGACUUGUCAGAAGUACAUAGAUAUGUAUGGACCACUACAAGAUCUUGGGGAGACAGCAGCAAGGUGUGUAUGUCCCUUUUGUCAGAGGGAACUGGAUGAAGACAGCUUGCUGGAUCAUUGUAUUACUCAUCACAGAUCGGAACGAAGGCCUGUGUUCUGUCCACUUUGCCGUUUAAUACCUGAUGAGAAUCCAACCAGCUUCAGUGGCAGUUUAAUAAGACAUCUGCAAGUUAGUCACACUUUGUUUUAUGAUGAUUUCAUAGAUUUUAAUAUAAUUGAGGAAGCUCUUAUCCGAAGAGUCUUAGAUCGGUCACUUCUUGAGUAUGUGAAUCACUCAAACACCACAUAAUUUUAGUAAAAGGAAAGGAAAAGGGACCACUGAAUCACACCAUUUAAGAUGCUGCUUGAACAAAUUGGAAGUUGUCAAUGCUUGAUGGGCAAAAAUGAACAACACAGUUAUACAUUUGUCCAUGUUUAUUGUUAUAGUGCAUUUUAAAACUGCUUUAAUUUUGAUGGUUUAAAUCUGUUUUACGUUCUUGAGAUUUUUACACAUUUAACAACCCAAAAUUGUCUACAUCAGUCAUUAUUAUAUGGAAAAGACACAGGGUAGGCAAGUGGGUGGAGGAUCUUGGUUUGCAAAUUAGAUAACACUCGGUGUCUAAUGCUACAUAUUAAUAACUCCCAUCAUGGUUAGGCACGGUAACUAAUCUUUGUUCUACGUAAAAAAACAGAGUGAAACAAAGUGCAGACAUUC